AUGUCAUCUGUGGCUGUUGACCGGGCCGCUACACGUGUCUUUGACCUCAUCGAUGCGGGUAAACUGGGAUUGGCAGAGGGGGCGCUGGAGGACGCACUUCCCAAGUUUUCCACCAGCCACGCAUUGUUAGCAGCGGAGUCGUUGUUGCUGCUGAAGAAGGGCCAAGCAGAGAAGGCCAGGGAGAAGGCAGAGGCGCUUAGCCAACAGAAUGUGACGGAUGGAAAGGCUCUGAGUGCUCUUGUUUAUGUUCUUCAGCAGUGUUGUAGCUGGGUGGCGUUGGCACAAACAUAUGAUCGCAUGAAAGAAGGUCCUAACGAGAGGAAUAUACUUGAAAAUUUGCUUCAAACGUAUGUGCGAAUGGGAGCCUUUGACCAGGUGCAGAAGAGUGCAGUACAGCUUCAUCGUAAAUGGAAUGAUCCUCGUUAUCAGGUAUGGGUAGUGCAGGCAAAUCUCGCUCGAGUUCCACCAGACUCUACUGACCAUGUUUUGUUGAAAGUAUCUACUAGAUUGUUAAAGGAUGUAAUCCUAACAGAUAACGGACUCAUCUCACCAUCUACGUGUCGGAUGUAUAUUGAGGUGCUCCAUCAACAAAAGUUGUACAAUGAAGCUGUAGAGUUUCUAUGUAGUGAGAGAGGAGUCUCAGUAGGUGUUCCAGAUACUCGACUAGAACUUUUAGCAACUUCUCUACAACUAAAUGGGGAAUUAGCGAAAGCUAACACUGUGGCAAAACAUCUUUGGUCUUGCCAACCGGAUAACUGGACUUUUGUGGAAUUAUACCUCAAUACAUUAUCUGAGACAAAUACAGGAAAUGGUAUUUUGACACUGGAUGGACCAGAAGAAAGACGUAUUACGCUAGAACUAUCUAAUGUGGAUUGUUCAUUAACAGAUGCACUCCGUUUCUGCAAAGAUUUACAGAAUAAAAUCUUACAAGUGCCUAAUGGACGACCCUGUCGUGGUCCAUUUAUGGCAGAAUUGGAAACUCUCUCACGUCAAGGUUCAAUGAGUGCACUUCAACAAGCCACUCUCACCUACGCUCAGCGUUUCUAUAAAAUCGCUUGCUGCUUUUUAGACAUUUCAACAUAUCUAGAUAAGAGUUCAGCUGCUGCUAUUUAUUUAUGGUCAAAAACAGAAACAGAGAGUGAAACAGGGAAUAAUAGUCUUCAUUACCACACUCAACGUAUUCUUGGUCUGCGCUGCCAUGUAGCAUUAUGGGGUACAGGAAGAGAUAAUCAACCAGAUGAUGCUACAGUAGAAGAUCUUUUACAAACAUGUUGGGAUUUGUAUGAAAAGGCCAAACCUCUUUCUACGCAUCUUGCAUGGAGUGAGGAAGGACUCUGCGAUGGUUAUAUCACUGUGGCUCUUAAUAUUAUUUUACACCUGUAUCAUGCUACGAAAGAAAAGAGGUGGGUGGAAAAGGGACUGGAAUUACUGGAAAAGGUGGAACGCAAGUUAAACAAUCCUAUGUGGUUAAUGUUUGCUACCUGUUUUGCUCGUAUUUUGGGAUUUGCCGAUUGUGAUGCAUGGCGUCAAUUGUCCUUUAAGAGUGUACAACAUGAUACCAUGUCUCAUAUUGGUUACUGGCCACUUGUAACUGGAGGUGCAUUGGAAGAGAUAUACCAAUGGAAUGAACUCGCCUGGGGUCACUAUAAUACAUUGGAAAAAGACUGUAGUCUACUUCGUUCCAAGGUCUUUCUCUACAUGUCUUGGUCAGCUAUGAAAGAUGUUCAGGAGUAUGAGAGACGACAAACAAAUUCAUUAGGACGAGUUAUUUGCAGUGUUCACCGCAUAGCAGGAUCACUACGGUCAUGUCAAACACGGUCUUCUAUAUGUGAACUCAUGGAGGCGGAAUCAGGUACCAUAGCAGAUGCCUAUAAGGCUUUACAAUCACCAGAGGUAUUGGAAUUAACAGAUAAUACAGAUUGGGUAGUGGUACGGUCCAUGGUGCUUGGUAACAUCCAUAGUGACAAGGUAAAGGAGCUGACGGAUACAUUGGUUGAUAUGCCCAGUAGAAUGGAACGCAUUGAACAUACAUGUCAACUACUUGGAAGUUUAAUAUUAUUACAUGAUAUUGCCUUGCUGGAGUCCCACCAUAUGCGUCUGGCGAAUGCACCAAAACCCAAAAAAGCAAAAGGUGCUCAAAUAAAUCUUGAACAACAAUUUCCACUACCAACUUUAUUGUCUGAUUCAUACAGUGGUGAUUCACUGCCAACGUUACCUGUAAUUCGUUCUAUAGCCCCAGUGUUACUACAAUGUAUACAGACACGUGGAUCCGGUUCAGCUAUCUCACAUACCACUCAUCUACAUGACUCCUUACAGACCGUAGUAAACUCGGAAAGAAUGGAGCAUUUUCUGUUUCCCGAGGCAUUAAUUCUCUCUUCAUUUCUACAGGUUGCUCCGGUCCGAGUUUUGCCUAUUGCAGCUUGGGCAAAAGAUCUAGAGAUAACUCUUCGAAAAGUGUAUGAAUCACAAAUGGAGGUUAAGAAUGAGACUGCUUUGGGUCAGGUGAAAAAGUUGCGUGAUUCCAAAGCUCAGCGCAUGAGCGAUUUAUCGAGGGAUUUGCUGCGUGAUGUGUCUGCAGCGGGUCGUCGACGUUGA